AUGGUGAGCUACUUUCUCAUCGUGUUGAAUAUUUACACCAUCUCAGACUUUCAUAUCUCUCAAACAUUUAACUCCUAUCAAUCUUCAAAAGCAUCAAAAUGUCCGAAUCCACAUCCACCUCACCCCCCUCUCGACAAGAAUACUUUCCCGGCCGAAGUAUUCCGCUUAAUCAUAAAAUAUAUUAGCCCGGCCACUCUCCCCAGCGCCAGAUUAGUAAGCCGUAGCUGGGCACUCUUGAUCCUAGAAGUUCUAUUUGCACAGCGAGGAUUCUCCACAUCACCUUUCAAAAAUGGUAUGCAAAGACUUGAGGAGGUAGCACAAACCAUUGCCAUGCCCCCAAUCUAUCACUUAAAUAUCGGUCUUGGGAUUGUCGAUAGUCGUAGAUUGGGUUUGGAUAUUCUGCGGAAUACGCCGUCGGUUUUGCUCGCAAAGAUGUCGAAGGAUGAGAAGACACGGUGGUUGCGGGAUCAGUUGUUGGUAGCUUCGGAUAGAUAUUUACGAUAUUGUCGAUGA